AUGCCGAACGUUGUAGAGGUCACAUCUGAGCCCAUGGGCGGAACCAUUGAUGUGCACGGUGAGAAGCACCAGGAGACCCUCUCUGUCAACUCCAUGGACAAGGACAAGUUCGACGAAAAGGAUCCCAACCUGGUCAAGGCCGAGGAGGAUACCGACUACGAUGAGGGUACCAUCGCAGACCCUUUCGCACCCUACGACGACCUUCCCGAGGAGCGCCACUGGGUCGUUACAUUCCGUGCCAUGCUUGUCGGAUGUAUCUGUGGUGCUCUCGUCAACGCUUCCAACAUUUACCUUGGUCUGAAGACUGGAUGGACUUUCGGUGCCUCGCUUUUCGGUGCCAUCAUCGGUUUCGGUGUCCUCAAGCCUCUCUCCAAGGCUCUCCCUGAGAACUUCCCAAUCUUCGGUGGAUCUUUCGGUCCCCGUGAGAACAACAUCGUCCAGACUGCUGCUACCGCUGCUGGUGGUCUCGGAUCCGUCAUGGUUUCUGGUAUUCCUGCACUCUAUCAGUUGAAGCUCCUCAGCACUCCCAAGGAGGACUUUGGCAGACUUAUCUCCCUGACCAUCGUCGGUGCCUACUUCGGAUUUGCCUUCGCUACCCCUCUUCGCAAGUUCUUCAUCAUCUACGUCGCGAGAGAGCUGAACUUGAUCUUCCCUACUCCCUCUGCCUGCGCCCUUACCAUCCGCAGCAUGCACGCUGCCGCUACUGGUGAGGCUGUUGCCAAGCUGAAGAUGAAGGCUCUGAGUUGGUCCUUCAUGUUCGCCCUGGUUCUCCGUGUCGUCUCCCAGUACGCCACUGGUAUUCUUUGGGACUGGCACAUUUUCACCUGGUUCUUCAUCUGGGGCAAGUACAACAACGCUGCCAUUCUCGUUGAGAACUGGGGUUGGUUUAUCGAGUUCACUCCUGCCUUCAUCGGUUCUGGUAUGCUCGUCGGUCUCAACGUCGCCCUCUCCUUCUUCGGUGGUAGUGUCCUCGCUUGGGGCAUCAUCGGUCCUGCUCUUGUCGCCUACGAUGUCGCCUUCGGUGUUCACCCCUACCCUGAUGACCCGAAGUGGGGCAAGAUUGUCUCUUACUACUCUUUGAGCACCAAGUGGGCCAACAAGGAUACUCCCAGCCCCCGUUACUGGCUCUUGUGGCCCGGCGUCUUGGCCAUGAUUGUCAUCUCCUUCACCGAACUCUUCCUCCAGUACAAGGUCUUCUUCAUCAUGUUCAAGGCUAUGGGUCGUGGAGCUGCUAAGGGCUUCAACGCCAUGACCUCCAAGGCUGGCAUGAGCGGUACUACUAUCAAUGUCAGAGAUCAGGAGGAGAAGGAUAUCAUCAAGGACUCCGCUGCUGACCACGAGCUCGUCAAGAUCUGGAUGUGGGGUCCUAUCCUCGUACUCAGCAUCAUUGCUUGCUGCAUUGUUCUUGGUGUCCAGUACGAUAUGCCCGUUGGCAUGUCCCUUCUGUCCGUCUUCCUCGCCUUCUUCUUCGCCAUUCUCGCCGUCCAGUGCGCUGGUGUCACUGAUGUUACUCCUUUGACUGCCGCUUCCAAGGCUUCCCAGCUUGUUCUCGGUGGCGCCACCAAGGGUGAGCACUGGAUGACCGAGCACGCUCAGCGCCUCAAUUUGAUCGGUGGUUCUCUUGCCUCCAUCGGUGCUGGUCAGGCUUCCGAUUUGGUUGGUGACUUCCGUGUCGGUUACCUCCUCCGCACUUCUCCCUUCCAGCAAUGGGUUGCUCAGGGUCUCGGUACGAUUGUCGCCUGUGUCCUUGCUCCCGCCAUGUUCAUGCUCUUCAGCAAGGCCUACCCCUGUAUUAUCGACGUUGAUGCCGAGACUUGCCCCUUCGCUGCUCCCAGUGUUGGUGCUUGGCGCGCAGUUGCUGUCGCUGUCACUGAUCCCGUCUUCCCCGUCCCCAAGACUUCCGGAUACUUCGCCAUUGCCUUUGCCAUCUUCGGUGGUGCCAUGGUCAUCAUCCGCCACUACGCCUACACUGGCUCAUGGGAGAAGUACAAGGCUUACCACCCCAACGUCAUGUGCAUUGCCCUCGCCUUCGUCCUUAACGCCACUGUUUACGGAUCUGCUAUGGUUAUGGGUGCCGUCCCCGCUUACUUCUGGGCCAAGCACAAGCCCAAGCACUUUGAGAUCUACGGCUUCGCCAUCGCUGGUGGUCUCAUUGCCGGAGAAGGUAUUGGUGGUGUCGUCAACGCUGUCUUCCAGAUCGCUGGUAUCGCCGGACCCAGCCCUUACGGUACCAACAUUGCCUGCCCUGGUGACUCUUGCUAG